AUGACCUCCAAACCCAAAUUCGCCAUCCUCGACGACUACCAAGACAUUGCCCGCGGGCAUUUCGCUCACCUCCAAGACCGCGUCGAGAUCACCAGCUUCCCCGAAACCCUCGAUCCCCGCAAUCCAACACAACGAGAUGCCCUCGUCCAACGCCUCCUCCCCUUUGACAUCGUCCUCGCCAUGCGCGAGCGCACCCCCUUCGCUGCAUCAACCAUCACCGCCUUACCCAACCUGAAACUUCUCUUGACCACCGGCACCCGGAACCUCGCUCUCGAUCUCGACGCGCUAACCCAGCAUGGCGUCGCUGUCGCAGGAACCGAGGGAAGACCACCGGGCGUCAACUCCACCGUGCAGCAUACGUGGGCGUUGAUCCUGGGACUGGCGCGACAUAUCGCUCGGGACGAUGCGGCGGUUAAAGCGGGCGGGUGGCAGGGAUCCCUCGGGAUGAACCUCUCGGGGAAAACCCUCGGUCUACUCGGACUGGGCAAAUUAGGAUCGCAGGUGGGCAAGAUUGCCGUGCAGGCAUUUGGCAUGACCGUCCUCGCAUGGUCCACCAAUUUGACCCAGGACAAAGCCGACGAGCAGGCUCGGGCGCAUGGUCUCCCGGCCGGCAGCUUCGCGGUGGCCCCCUCCAAGGCGGAUUUCUUCGCGCAGGCGGAUAUUCUCUCGGUGCACAGCGUUCUCUCCGAUCGCAGUCGCGGGAUUGUCGCGGCACCUGAUCUGGCUCAGAUGAAGCCGCAAGCGCUGAUCAUUAAUACCUCGCGUGGCCCGUUGAUUGACGAGUCCGCCCUGUUGGAGACGCUACGGGCCGGUCGCAUUCGUGGGGCGGCGCUCGAUGUGUUUGAUCCAGAGCCGUUGCCGUUGGCGAGUCCCUGGCGCACGACGGCGUGGGGUCAGGAGGGGCGGAGUGAGGUGCUGUUAUCUCCACAUAUGGGGUAUGGAGAAGAGGAUCUGUUGCAUGGAUGGUAUCGGGAAGUGGCGGAGAAUCUGGAGCGAUGGUUGAAUGGAGAAGCGUUAUUGAGGAAGAUGAAUUGA